UUAUUUUUCUCUCUGUAUAAUAAUUUACAUAUAAAUAUACAGAGAGAGAGGGGUUUCUUCUGUAUUUCGUGGAGAAACAAACAAAACCAGAUUCUUAAGGUUAAGGAGAAUCCUCUUUUCGAAGCAGAAUUAAUUGAAGUGAAGGGCUUAUGCAAUGAAUAUCCCAAAUGGAACCUUUUCAAGAUCUGAUCAUCUCCAUGCUUCAACUGAUGCCUCCCUCUUUUCCAGCUCUCUACCUGUCCUUCCACACCAAAACCUUGAUCCUCGCGAGAGCUACCAUCAGUCUGUUGAUGAAACUGCUUCCGGCUUAAGCCAGUUCAAUGGAGGCAUUGGUAAUAUGCUCGAAGUUGGUGACUCACAUCCAAUCGGAAGCAUGCUUCCCGAUGAUGAGGAAGAGCUUUUCGCUGGUCUAAUGGAUGAUUUAAACUUAAGUUCUUUGCCAGCUACGUUGGAUGACUUGGAAGAUUAUGAUUUAUUCGGUAGCGGAGGAGGUCUUGAAUUGGAGACUGACCCACAUGACAGUCUAAACAAGGGAUAUCCAAGGCUGGGGUUUGCUGAUUCUAACGUUGACAAUGGUAUGCCUCAAAACAUAUUCCAGAAUGGAGUGGUUUCGAUUGCUGGCGAACAUCCUUAUGGUGAACAUCCUUCGAGGACUCUGUUUGUUCGGAAUAUUAACAGUAAUGUUGAGGACUCUGAAUUGGAAGCUCUUUUUGAGCAAUAUGGACACAUCCGAACACUCUAUACAGCCUGCAAGCACAGGGGAUUUGUAAUGAUUUCAUAUUACGAUAUCCGUGCUUCUAGAGCAGCUAUGCGAGCAUUACAAGGCAAACUGCUUAAACGGAGGAAACUUGACAUACAUUUCUCAAUCCCCAAGGAUAAUCCGUCAGAGAAAGAUGUUAACCAAGGAACUCUUGUGGUUUUCAACUUGGCUCCAUCUGUUUCCAACAAAGACCUUGAAAACAUAUUUGGUGUUCAUGGCGAGAUCAAGGAGAUACGGGAAACACCAAAUAAGAGGCAUCACAAAUUUGUUGAAUUUUUUGACGUUAGAUCAGCUGAUGCAGCUCUCAAAGCUUUGAACAGGACUGACAUUGCUGGGAAACGUAUCAAGCUUGAGCACAGUCGUCCUGGUGGUGCUCGUCGAAACAUGAUGUUUCAACUGAAUCCAGAAUUGGAGCAAGAUGAUUCCCACAGCUACCUGAAUCAUGCCGAGUCACCUUUAGGAAGCUCUCCUGUAGGGAACUACUGGUCUAACAGUCCUAUUGAUCAUCCUCUACAAACUUUCAGUAAGUCUCCAAUAUAUGGAAACUUGAGUCCAACAAAAAACAUCCGUUAUCCAGAAUUUUCGUCGAUUCUGCAUUCUCAAGGAGCAAAUCCGAUUAAGGCUGCAUCGGUGAGCAAUGACCAAGGAAGAAGAUUUAGCCACUUGGAUCACUUGUUUUCUAGCAGCUAUAAUAAUGCAGGCCAUACAGCUUCUACCUUUCAGCAACCACAGUCGUUUGGAUCUGUUUCUUCAUUUGGUUCUUUGAACCCACAGCCGAGUCACGUAGAAACAUUAUCUGGAUCAGAAUUCCUGUGGGGAAGCCCUAGCUCUUCAGCCUGGCCUGUGAAUCCAUACUCUUCAAACGGACAAAAUCACAGGUUUCCUUACUCAGCUCAGAAAGGGUCCCUCCACCAGCUCCAUCAUGUCGGAUCUGCGCCAUCUGGAUUCUUCCCGAGGUCUCUUGAAACUUCAUCAAUGGGUUCAGUCGCUUUCCGAGGAGCAAAUGGUAAUAUGAAUGCUCAAAGAAACUUGCGUGAAACUACUUCUCCAAGUUUUAAAAUGUUGCCUUCUCCAAGACGUAGUCAAUUGUUUACUGGCAAUGGCUCUUACCCGUGGCCCGUUUCUACAAUGGCUUCCAUUGACGACCCAUUGGAGAAUGGAAGGAACCAACAGCUUGAUAGUAAUGCUAACCAAGUCGAUAGCAGGAUACAGUUUCAGCUUGACUUGACUAAGAUUAUGAGGGGUGAAGAUUCACGGACAACCUUGAUGAUUAAAAAUAUCCCUAAUAAGUAUACCCGGAACAUGCUGUUAGCUGCCAUCGACGAAAAAAACAGUGGAACUUAUGAUUUUCUAUAUUUGCCUAUUGAUUUCAAGAAUAAAUGUAAUGUGGGAUAUGCAUUUAUCAAUAUGGUGUCUCCUAAAUUCAUCGUUGCAUUGCACGAGGCCUUUAACGGAAAGAAAUGGGAUAAGUUCAACAGUGAGAAAGUAGCUUCCUUGGCUUAUGCACGAAUCCAAGGUAAAGCUGCGCUUAUCGCUCACUUUCAAAACUCAAGCUUGAUGAACGAAGAUAGGAAAUGCCAACCUAUUGUCUUUGAUGGAUCAGAAUCUAGAUAUCCGAUCGUGGAGAAUUCGCAGCUCGAGGCAUCAAAUUCAACAGUUUCUCAUCCUCUCGUCAGUGAGAACACGCAUCAAAGCUGACAGUCAAGUGAAUCCCAGUAUUGCAUCUGGUUUAAAACGUAAAUAUCAGUUUUUAGGAUGAGAUGAUGAUGAUGAUGAACGGGUAUAGACUACAUAGCACCUUUAGAGAAUUUCCUGGUUUACUCAGUUCCUUCUAGUUUUUUUUUUUUUUUUCUUUUGGUUUCCGGAAUCAGAAAGGUUUCUUUGAUCUAGACAUGUAAUUUGAUGGUUGUGUAUUGUUUUUGUCUUGGUCGACUAAAUCAUCUAUCCAAGAAACGUGUACAUAAAUAUACUUAAAAGAUACAUCUUAUUGGUCAUAAAUAAUGAAACCUUUGUUCUCAUUGA